AUGGACGCUCCCGCUGGUCGCGGCGUGCGUUACACGUCAGUAACCGGCGCUUCGGGAGAUUCGAUUUCAUCAGCUGGUGGCCGCUUCUCUCCCGCCCUUGGCCCAACUUCUCGCGGAAUUUCCGGAGGGAAUGGCGGCGGCGUGCCGGAGGACCGAGCGAGACGCGUGAAGAGCCUAUUGGAAGGGUAUUACGGGCACGGGGGUGGAGCACCAGGAGCGGAAGACGCGGCGGGAUCGGCGGCGGGGAGUUCGGGGGGUCGCGACGACAUCAACUCGAGAGCGUUUGACGCGGAUUCGUUUGUAGCAAACUUGAUCCGGCAAGCCAAGCUGGACGAUUUGCUGCAGAAGCAUGUGUCGUGGGCAGCAGAGAUAAAGAACCUGGACAGUGACAUGCAGAUGCUUGUGUAUGAGAAUUACAGCAAGUUCAUCAGCGCUACUGAUACCAUCCGCACCAUGAAGGACAACGUGGGGAGCAUGGAGUCCAGUAUGGACCAGCUGCUGCGCACAGUGACGGCAGUGCAGGAGCAGAGCACGGCCAUCAACAGCAAUCUCUCAGAAAGGAGGGAGCGGAUCGAGCAGCUGAAUGGCACACGCAGCCUGCUGAGGAAGGCACAGUUCAUAUUCGACCUGCCCAAGCGCCUCAGAACCUACUCCAAGAACCACCAGUACCGUGCAGCAGUCAAGGCAUACGUGGGCGCUCUACCCAUUCUGCAGUCUUAUGGUGAAACAUCCUUCCGAACGUGCAAGAAGGAGGCUGAUGACGUCAUGGCAGGCAUCAGCAAGCGGCUGCAGGCGAGGGUGAUGAGUGAGGAGGAGGCGAUGGAGCAGAGGGCCGAGGCUGCUGAGCUGCUGCAGGAGCUGGGCCACCAGGUGGGCCCUCUCAUGGACGCGUACCUGUCAACGCACUGGGAGCGGCUGGUGGGGGAGCUGCGGCAGGCGAGCGAUGAGGUGGGCAGGAAGGGGGAGAGCGGCAUGGUCGACCCCACUGCUCCCUCCCAGACCUUUGUUGACGCGCUCAAGAGGGACUUCAUGGAUGAUUUCGAGCGCACAGCCGCGUCGUUCCGAGGGAUAUUCCCCAUGGGAGGGGACAAGCUCACUGAUGCCACCCGUUCUCUAUUCAACGAGUACAUCACAUACCUGCAGCGCUGCAUGCAGCCUUCAGACACCCGCUCCUCGUCUGACCUCGUGUUCGCACUCAGAAAGAUCUCUCAGGACGUGGUGAAGAUGUCAGAGCUUGUCCCUGAUGCUGACCUGCAGGACAGAGCGGCAGAGGCCAUGGCAGCAGCAGUGCGAGACCACAUCAUGCAAGGCUUUGCACUCCUGGAGAUUCGGAUCACAGACGCACUGCAUGCAGUGGCAGCAAAGCCAGGAGCGCCAGGCUCCCUGCCCUCGCUCGCUGCUUCUCAGCCCAAGUCGCUGCGCGGGGAGGACAGGCCGCUGGCAGCAGUGCUGGAGUCGGUGCAGGGACUCAUCCUCAACUCCUCUCUGCGCCUGCUAGAGGAUUUCAGAUCUCUUCUCCACGAUCGUGUCGAUCUCCUCUCCUCUUGGACCGACGACUUUCUCUCUCUCGUCCAAUCACAGCUCUCCGUUCUCUUCUCCUCCCUCAACUCGCACUUCCUUACUCUCUCCACUCCUCCUCCUGCCCACGUGCACCAAUCCCCCACCGGCACUGAACGGCCUCCUCCUUCCACCCCUGGUUCAGGUACGCCACACUCCCCGCAUCCUCGCUCUCUCAUCAUCCAUCCGGACAUUUCCCUUCCUCCGCUCUCAGUGCUCUUCGCCGCCUCCCUCAACUCCCACUUCCUCCUCUCCACCCCUCCACCCGCCCACGUGCACCAAUCCCCCACCGGCACUGAGAGACCCCCUCCCACCACCCCUGGCAGGAGGGCCCGUGCCGAUGCUGGUGCUGCUGCUAGCUCGUCUCUCUCUCUCUUCAUCCAACACACAGCUCUGCCUAAGCUAGCCACUAUACUCGAGACCCAGUUUGCUCCCCGCAACGUCCGGCUGGACGACGAGAGCGAGCAGCUCUUCUCCUCCUCGGACCUCAUGAGGCAGUUCCAUGAUACUUCUGAGAAGCUUCUGCAGCAGUAUGUGGAUCUGGAAGCAAGGAAGCUGCACCAGAUGAUUGCCAAGAGUGUAUCCACACCCAACUGGGUCAAGUACAAGGAGCCUCGGGAUGUGCGUAUGGUGGUGGAUCUGAUUCUCCAGGAGGUGGAAUCAGUGGAAGACUCAGUGGAGCAGCUGCUGAAACCAGAUGCAUAUAAAGAGCCUCGGGAUGUGCGUAUGGUGGUGGAUCUGAUUUUGCAAGAGGUGGAGUCAGUGGAAGACUCAGUGGAGCAGCUGCUUGAACCCGGGGCUGAGCGCUCCCGAACCUCCCGAGGAGGCUCGGGAAGCAGCUACGGCAAGAGCCGCGGGAGUGCAGGCGUGAUGGCAACGGUGGUGAAGCUCACUCUGAAGAGCUUCCAGGAGUGCGUGCGUCUCGAGGCGUUCAGAGUGUCAGUGAUGGCAACUGUGGUGAAGCUCACUCUCAAGAGCUUCCAGGAGUGCGUGCGUGUCAGUGAUGGCCACGGUGGUGAAGCUCACUCUGAAGAGCUUCCAGGAGUGUCAGUGAUGGCCACGGUGGUGACGCUCACUCUGAAGAGCUUCCAGGAGUGCGUGCGUCUCGAGACGUUCAACCGAGGCUUCUCAUCAAGUUCCUUCCUAUCCCUUCUUCUGCGCACAUGUAUAUACCACCACCUACAGGUGUCAGUUAUGGCAACAGUGGUGAAGCUGACUCUGAAGAGCUUUCAGGAGUGCGUGCGUCUGGAGACGUUCAACCGAGGCGGUUACCAGCAGAUCCAGCUGGAUGCUCUCUUCCUCUGCGAGUCCCUAAGGGCUUAUGUGGACGACGAGAGUGCAGUAGACACCCUUAUGGAUGAGAUCCAGCUGGAUGCGCUCUUCCUCUGCGAGUCGCUGCGGGCUUAUGUGGACGACGAGAGUGCAGUAGACACCCUUAUGGAUGAGAUCCAGCUGGAUGCGCUCUUCCUCUGCGAGUCGCUGCGGGCUUAUGUGGACGACGAGAGUGCAGUAGACACCCUUAUGGAUGAGAUCCAGCUGGAUGCGCUCUUCCUCUGCGAGUCGCUGCGGGCUUAUGUGGACGACGAGAGUGCAGUAGACACCCUUAUGGAUGAGAUCCAGCUGGAUGCGCUCUUCCUCUGCGAGUCGCUGCGGGCUUAUGUGGACGACGAGAGUGCAGUAGACACCCUUAUGGAUGAGAUCCAGCUGGAUGCGCUCUUCCUCUGCGAGUCGCUGCGGGCUUAUGUGGACGACGAGAGUGCAGUAGACACCCUUAUGGAUGAGAUCCAGCUGGAUGCGCUCUUCCUCUGCGAGUCGCUGCGGGCUUAUGUGGACGACGAGAGUGCAGUAGACACCCUUAUGGAUGAGAUCCAGCUGGAUGCGCUCUUCCUCUGCGAGUCGCUGCGGGCUUAUGUGGACGACGAGAGUGCAGUAGACACCCUUAUGGAUGAGAUCCAGCUGGAUGCGCUCUUCCUCUGCGAGUCGCUGCGGGCUUAUGUGGACGACGAGAGUGCAGUAGACACCCUUAUGGAUGAGUACCAGCAGAUCCAGCUGGAUGCGCUCUUCCUCUGCGAGUCGCUGCGGGCUUAUGUGGACGACGAGAGUGCAGUAGACACCCUUAUGGAUGAGAUCCAGCUGGAUGCGCUCUUCCUCUGCGAGUCGCUGCGGGCUUAUGUGGACGACGAGAGUGCAGUAGACACCCUUAUGGAUGAGAUCCAGCUGGAUGCGCUCUUCCUCUGCGAGUCGCUGCGGGCUUAUGUGGACGACGAGAGUGCAGUAGACACCCUUAUGGAUGAGAUCCAGCUGGAUGCGCUCUUCCUCUGCGAGUCGCUGCGGGCUUAUGUGGACGACGAGAGUGCAGUAGACACCCUUAUGGAUGAGAUCCAGCUGGAUGCGCUCUUCCUCUGCGAGUCGCUGCGGGCUUAUGUGGACGACGAGAGUGCAGUAAACACCCUUAUGGAUGAGGGCAUUAACAAAUUGAGAGGCGGGUACCAGCAGAUCCAGCUGGAUGCUCUCUUCCUGUGCGAGUCAUUGAGGGCUUAUGUGGACGAUGAGAGUGCUGUUGACACUCUCAUGGACGAGGUCUGCACGGCAGCAGCAGAGUGCAAACUUGAUCCCACAUCCAUGGAUGCAGUAGUCUUGGAUUCAUGUGAACCCUCCUUCAUGUGA